UCUUAUCUAAUGUACUUUCAUUCUAUCUUGAUUUAGUAGAAUCCAUCUCCAAGAAAAUGCUGGACGAAAGUAAUUUGAAAACAUGGGUAUCAGACAAGUUGAUGACUCUUUUGGGAUAUACUCAGCCUACGGUUGUCCAGUAUGUCAUUGGGUUUUCUAAGCAAGCUUCUUCUCCUGCUGAUGUUUUGGGCAAGCUUGUUGAGUUUGGUUUGUCUUCAUCAACUGAGACCACAGUGUUUGCUGAAGAAAUAUUUUCUAGAGUUCCGCGUAAAGCAUCCGGUUUGAAUAAUUGCCAGAAACAAGAAAAAGAUGCAGCUAUGUUGGUAAGGAAGCAGAAGAGUUACACGAUCUUGCAUGCUGAUGACGAUGAAGACGAUGACGAUAAUCGUGGUGGUGACAAAAUCUCUUCUCAAUCAAAUAAAACAGAUUCCCAUCAAAAGCGUUUUCGGAAGAAAACUGAGUAUCAAGACGAUGAAGAUGAGGCGGUCAGACGAGAAGAAAAAGAUAGACGUGUCCGGUCGCGCGCCUCUGAAGUUGAAGACAACUUAGAGGCAGAGGAAGCGAGGUUACGUGAUCAGGAAGAGCGGGUACAACUAGAGAUGAACAUAAGAGAAAGAGAUGCAGCAGCAACACGAAAGUUCGCAGAGCCGCCAAAAUUAUCUCGAAAGGAGGAAGAGGAGGCAAUUCAGAGAUUUAAAGCCUUAGAGGAAGACGAUACCGCAACUCUGAGAAAAGUCUCGAGACAAGAAUACUUAAAGAAAAGAGAGCAAAAAAAGCUGGAGGAGAUCAGUGAUGACAUAGAAGAUGAGCAAUAUCUCUUUGAAGGUGUCAAACUAACAGAGGCAGAACAUCGUGAGCUAAGGUAUAAGAAAGAAAUUCUUGAGCUUGUGAAGAAGCGGUCUGAAGAUCUGGAUAGUUAUACUGAGUACCGGAUGCCUGAAGCCUAUGAUCAAGAAGGUGGUGUAAAUCAGGAGAAGAGGUUUUCUGCAGCUCUACAGCAUUAUAGGGACCUUAGUUCAGGAGAUAAGAUGAACCCAUUUGCUGAGCAGGAGGCAUGGGAGGAGAAUCAGAUUGGAAAGGCAACCUUGAAGUUUGGUUCAAAAGAUAAAAAACAAAAAUCUGAUGAUUAUCAGUAUGUGUUUGAGGAUCAGAUUGAGUUCAUCAAAGCAUCUGUGAUGGAGGGUGACAAGUUUGAAGGUGAACUGCCUGAGGAGCAGCUUCAGAAGAUGGAGAUAUCAGCAUUACAGAAGCUUCAGGAUGAGAGAAAAACUCUGCCUAUCUAUACAUAUCGAGAAAAACUACUCCAAGCUAUCCAUGAGCAUCAGGUUCUUGUAAUUGUUGGUGAGACUGGAUCUGGAAAGACGACUCAGAUACCUCAGUAUCUUCACGAAGCUGGCUACACAAAACAUGGGAAGGUAGGAUGUACUCAACCACGACGUGUUGCGGCCAUGAGUGUCGCUAAACGAGUUUCUGAGGAGAUGGGAGUUAAGCUUGGUCAUGAGGUUGGGUACUCUAUCCGCUUUGAAGAUUGUACAUCUGAGACAACAGUUCUUAAGUAUAUGACGGAUGGAAUGUUGCUGAGAGAAUUCCUUAGUGAACCUGAUCUGGCAAGUUACAGUGUGAUGAUGAUAGAUGAGGCUCAUGAAAGAACGCUCUCAACGGAUAUUUUAUUUGGUUUAGUCAAGGACAUUGUCCGGUUUCGAAGUGAUCUUAAGUUGCUCAUCUCUAGUGCUACUCUUGAUGCUGAGAAAUUCCGUGAUUACUUUGAUUCAGCCCAUAUUAUUAAAAUUCCGGGAAGACAAUUCCCUGUCGAUAUACUUUACACAAAAGCGCCUGAAGCUGACUACCUGGAUGCUGCUGUUGUCACUAUCCUUCAAAUACAUGUGACUGAACCACCGGGUGAUAUUCUGGUGUUCUUCACAGGACAAGAGGAAAUUGAAAGAACAGAAGAGAUAUUGAAACACCGGACCCGAGGCCUAGGAACAAAGAUUGCUGAACUAAUCGUCUGCCCAAUAUAUGCGAAUCUUCCUACUGAGUUGCAAGCUAAAAUUUUUGAAUCCACUCCGGAAUAUGCUCGUAAGGUUGUCUUGGCAACUAACAUAGCAGAGACCUCAUUGACAAUUGACGGAAUUAAAUACGUCAUUGAUCCUGGAUUUUGUAAGAUGAAGUCUUAUAACCCAAGAACUGGCAUGGAAUCACUACAGAUCAAUCCCAUUUCUAAAGCAUCGGCAAAGCAAAGGGCUGGUCGAUCUGGACGAACAGGUCCAGGAAAGUGUUUUCGUUUGUAUACUGCCUACAAUUAUCAUGUUUUGGAAGAUAAGACCGUGCCAGAGAUAAAAAGAACUAACCUUGCAAACGUUGUUCUCACUCUUAAGAGCUUUGGAAUUCAUGAUUUGCUAAAUUUUGAUUUCAUGGACCCUCCUCCGUCUGAAGCGAUUUUCGAAGCCCUAGAGUUGCUUUUUGCACUUAAUGCACUGAAUAAUCGAGGGGAGCUCACGAAGGUCGGCAGAAGAAUGGCAGAGUUUCCUCUUGAUCCAAUGCUUUCUAAAAUGAUUGUUGCUUCAGAGAAGUACAAGUGUUCAGAUGAGAUAAUAUCAAUUGCUGCAAUGCUUUCAGUUGGAAAUUCAAUCUUCUACCGUCCAAAGGACAAGCAAGUCCAUGCUGACAAUGCAAGGAUGAAUUUUCAUACUGGGAAUGUUGGGGACCAUUGUGCAUUACUUAAGGUUUACAGUUCUUGGAAAGAAACUAAUUUCUCAACUCAGUGGUGCUAUGAACACUAUAUUCAGGUCAGAAGUAUGAAACGUGCUCGGGAUAUAAGGGACCAGUUGGAGGGUCUGUUGGAGAGGGUUGAGAUUGAACUGAUAUCCAACCCCAAUGAUUUAGAAAACAUAAAGAAGGCAAUAACUUCAGGAUUUUUCCACCAUUCUGCCAGGCUGCAAAAGAAUGGAUUUUAUGGCACAGUCAAAAAUCCUCUGACUGUUUUUAUACAUCCAAGUUCUGGUCUUGUACAGGUGCUCCCUAGGUGGGUUGUUUAUCAUGAGCUUGUACUUACAUCAAAGGAAUACAUGAGACAGGUCACUGGAAUAAAAUCCGAGUGGUUGGUGGAAAUUGCACCUCACUAUUACCAGCUGAAGGAUGUGGAAGAUUCUGGAUCGAAGAAAAUGCCUCGUGGACAAGGGCGCACAGAUAAGCAUUGACCACUAGAAUUCUUAGAGGACAGGAGGAUCAUAGGAUACUGCCAAGAGGCAAAGAAUGUAAAUACAUUUUAGUAUACUAACAA